CUCAGGGAAGAGUAACUAGGUAGCUAGCUUGCUAACGUUAGCUAUAUAUAUUUACUUGGUGCAUUGGGUUAUUUUAAACCAAAGAGAAUCGCCAAGCAGCUAGAAACGGAUUUGGAUGGGAUGUAGUUUUUUGUGUCACGAGGGUGCUUGUUGUGUGGUGUACUGACCGCGGCUGGGAAGUAUCACUUGACGCAGUCUGUUUAACAGUACCUAGCCAACGGAAUUUGCAAUACCAGCAUAGACAAAUUGGGAUGUCAAUGAAGCAAGUGCAUUGGGCCUGAGCACGGAGCGCCGACGAUGCUAGGGCUACCAUGGGCAGCGUCACACUGCGCUAUUUCUGCUAUGGCUGCCUCUUCACCUCUGUGACCUGGUCCGUCCUGCUCUUCCUCUACUUCAGCCUGGGCCAAGACGGCGGCCGGCCCACCUUCAGGUAUGUGCCCAUCCAGGGGCCCCAGGCCCACCGCUUCCAGCCCCGUUUCACCAGGAGCCCUGGAGGAGGGCCAGAACAAGGCAUCACGGCAGUCCCUGCAGGAGGCAACAAACAGGCCAAUCUCUCUCCGGAGAUGGGUAUGAUUUUUAAUGAGGAAGACCAGGAGGUGCGAGACAUGGGUUAUCACAAGCACGCUUUCAACGUACUGAUCAGCAAUCGACUAGGCUACCACAGAGACCUCCCCGACACUAGGGACGACAAGUGCCGAGACAUGAUCUAUCCUCUGUCCCUCCCCGCGGCCAGCGUAGUGAUCUGCUUCUUCAACGAGGCGUUCUCCGCCCUCCUGCGCACCGUGCACAGUGUCCUGGAUCGCACGCCGGCCUACCUGCUGCAUGAGAUUAUACUGGUGGAUGACAGCAGUGAACUAGUUGACCUGAAGGAAGAUCUAGACAGCUAUGUCCAACAGCACAACCUCCAGGGCAAGGUCAAGGUGGUCCGUAACGAGAAGAGAGAGGGACUGAUCCGAGGGAGGGUGAUAGGGGCUUCUCAUGCCACAGGGGAGGUGCUGGUGUUCCUGGAUAGCCACUGCGAGGUGAACGAGGCGUGGCUGCAGCCCCUGCUGGCUCUCAUCCAGCGGGACCGCAAAACAGUGGUGUGUCCCAUCAUCGACAUCAUUAGCGCCGACACCCUGGCCUACAGCCCCUCGCCCAUCGUCCGUGGGGGCUUCAACUGGGGGCUGCACUUCAAGUGGGACCCCGUGCCCGCCUCAGAACUCAACAGUCCCGAAGGAGCAGUGGGCACAAUCAGGUCUCCCACCAUGGCCGGUGGUCUGUUUGCCAUGGACAGGAAGUACUUUAACGAGCUGGGCCAAUAUGACAGCGGCAUGGACAUCUGGGGUGGUGAGAACCUCGAGAUCUCCUUCCGGAUCUGGAUGUGUGGUGGCCAGCUCCUGAUCAUCCCCUGCUCGCGGGUGGGUCAUAUAUUCCGUAAACGCCGGCCUUACGGGUCACCCGGAGGUCAGGACACCAUGGCCCACAACUCCCUGCGAUUGGCCCACGUAUGGAUGGAUGAAUACAAGGAGCAGUACUUAAACCUGCGGCCGGAACUCCGGGAACGUGCCUACGGCGACAUCAGCGAGCGGCAGGCGGUGCGCCAACGGCUGCAGUGUCACUCUUUCAAGUGGUACCUGGACACCAUCUACCCCGAGAUGCAGGUUGCCUCGCCCCACAACAAGCCCCAGCAGCCUGUGUUCGUCAACAAGGGCCUCCGCCGACCAAAGGUGCUGCAGAGAGGCCGGUUACGGAACCUGCAGGCUGACAGGUGUCUGGUGGCCCAGGGGAGGUCCACCCAGAAAGGGGGUGCCGUGGUGCUGAGGUCCUGUGAUACUCACAACCCAGAACAGGAGUGGGCCUAUGAUGAGGAGCAUGAGUUGAUCCUGGCCGGCCUGCUGUGUCUGGACAUGUCCGAGAUCCGCUCGUCUGACCCACCCCGCCUCAUGAAGUGUCACGGCUCAGGGGGCUCCCAACAGUGGACCCUGGGGAAAAGCAACCGGCUGUAUCAAGUCUCAGUGGGCCAAUGCCUGGCAGUGGUCGACCCAGUCAGCCCCAAGGGAUAUGUUGCCAUGGCGAUCUGCAACGGCUCCCAGUCCCAGCAGUGGCAGUUGGAGGGCUGAUGUUGAUAUGCCACGACUAGUUACAUACCAGACACUGACUGACCGGAUGGGGGAGUACUGCAUGCUGCUACGACUAAACAAGAGAGGGAUGGAACUAAUUAUACGGACUGUGUUCUUGGAGAACGAAUGCUGUUUUUGUCUUCAGAACUGGUUCCGGCCUGAAGUGCACAAAGUAUGGAGCUCUUAGUGGGUACGCUAUAUGUACUGUAGUCAUUCAUUUGCCUGACUUCCCCGCUUGAAAAUGAGUAUUCCAUUUCUUUCCCUAACAACAAUUAUUCCUUGUCCUAUGUUUUAGAUAAUUAAUUUAAUCAAAUUUGCACAGCACUCUUGCAUUAGACAAUUCUGAGAAACAUUUAAUCUUGUAUAAGUCUCAAACAAGCGUUUACUAAGAACAAUGGACGCUGGUUUAGGACACUGGUUUUAGAGUUAAAUUGUAUUUUAUUCUGUACUUAUUACAAUCUGAUAUUAAUUGCUAUGACAUACAGUACUGCAUGUUAUUUAGUUGAAACUUUUAUUUGGGAGUAUCUUUUUCUGUUGUACAAAUAUUUUGAUCACUGGAGUUUGUUGGUGAAGUUCUGUAUUUUUCAUACCCUUGAAAUGUGCAAGGCAACUUCUUUAAUAUAGGCUACACUGUGUUAGCUCUACUUCGUACUACAUCAGGUAUAUUGACCAAGUGAUGGAUAUUGUGUGCAGUCUACGGAAAUCAUGUUGAAUAGGGUAAAUGGAAAUGCGCAAUACAGGGAUAGUCUUGGAAUAUCCUACAGUAUGUAGCGGUCUUGGGUCAUGCCCACAAUACUAGCAAAAUCAUCCAUACUCACUGUCUGUUCUGCACUAGUGAGCUAUGAUGGUUGAACAAGAUCUGACAAUGAUUUUAGUUUUUUCCCUUAUCCAAAUGUAAUUUCUUAUGUAUGCUGUGCAGUUUUGUAUUAGUUAUUCUCUUUUGCAAUGAGGCAACCAACGAAAUGUUUAAGUUAAGUAUGAACAUCCCUUGACUAAUUUGCAAUGAUUCAAAUUCUUUCUUAGCAGACGCUUAUUAAAAUGUGGUCCAUUUACCCCCACAGAGAAAAGUAGCACAGAUUUGUGAUAAAGGACAUUGCAAAUUUAAGAUGUAAAAUAUUUUAUUUUUUGUAAAUGAUCCUAAAUCUGACUCCAAACUCCAAAACCCAUCACACUCUAUACUUCAAAAAGGCUUUUUAGACAUUAUACAGGACAAAGAAAAGAGACACUAUUAAAGAGGUCUGAAUAUUGUACAAGAGGAGAAAAUAUCCAAGAAACAAAUUUCAUUAACCAUAAUGGAAAAUUAUAUACAAUUGAUUCUUCUGAAAGUUAAAAAAGACAUCAUGCCAUGUACUGUUUAUUACAACGAGACUGAAUAUACCAACUUUUGUACAGUCCACUUAAGUUGUGCACAAAAAUGAAAACUUAAUUUCAAACUG